UUCUAGUUCAUUGAUAACAGCAGCUACAGAGAAGUUUGUCUCUAGAACUUUCUGUAGUUGCAGCCAAUUAAAAAAUAUAUUACAAUAUAUAUAUAUCAAUGGCUUCUAAUGCUAAAAUUGUGUCGUCAUUCAUUGUUGGUCAAUGCUCACUUGUUGCCAGGCGUGGAUAUGCAUCAACAUCACAAGGUGGUGUAACGCAACAAGCGUUAAGGGGGGAUAAUGUGGUUAAUAUGAUGAAGAAAGGAGGAGGUGAUCAAGAAUCGAAUAAAUCCGCGGCUGCAUGGAUUCCGGAUCCAGUUACUGGUUAUUACAAGCCAGAAGGACAUGAAAACCAGAUCGAUCCAGCCGAGCUUCGUGAGAUGCUUUUGAAACACAAAACGCAACAAAGUUAAUUAGCUGAAAGCUAGCUAGUUUAAUUAAUUUUGAUUCAUUUUUACAACACAAUGCAUGUAUUGUUGUUCAACAUGGAGGAUUGAUUAAUUUGAGCAUAAUGCAACAAUAUGGUACC